AUGCCCCCACGCCUCCCUGCUCGUCUCCAGGCGGACCACCCCCCCCCCGCUCCCCUCGCAGCCGCCGGCUCGCCCUCGCCCAUGGCUUCCGAGGAGCCCCCGGCCCCCGCAGCCCCCGGGAGGAAACGUCGGAGGAAAGGGAAGGAGAAGCGCGUUUCGGGGGAAGGGGAUAACGCAGAGGACGGGGACGAUGGCGCGGGGCGGGUGGCUGAAAUCGAGGGGCUGACGCGGGCCGGGCGCCGGGCGCUGGGGCUGGGGGACACGCGGGGAGCCCUGGGCUGCUUCCGGAGGGCGAUGGGGCUCUCGCUGCGCACCCCCAGCCCCCGGCUGCGCAGGGACUGCGCCUUCCGCCUGGGGGCCGCCUACGUGGAGGCCGGGAAGCCCAGGAAAGGGCUGAAAUUCCUCCUCGAAUCCCAACCCUCGGAAGGGGAACGGCCGGAGGGGCUCUGCUUCGACGUCGCCGCGGCUCACGAAGGGCUGCGGGAUUUCCCGGCGGCUCUGCGGGAUUCCGGCGGCGCGGCCCCGCGGGCGGGGAGCAGCGUGGCCAUGGGCUGCUGCUACCUGGGCAUGCGGGAGCCCCACAGAGCGGCCCGCUGCUUCCUGGAGGCGGCGCGGGGCUACGCGGGGGCUCAGUGCCCCGAGGCGGCCGCUGUGGCGCUGAGCAGAGCGAGCGGAUCCAUGCUGCAGAGCGGGCGCUUCGGGGCCGCCGAGGUCGUGGGGAUCCUCACCCGGUGCCGGGCGCUCUGCGACAGCAUCCCCGACCCAACCCUGCAAGGCGCUGCGGGGAACCGGAGGGCGCAGGGGCAGUGCUUCGGGAACUUGGCGUACGCCUUCAGCCAGCUCGGGGAGCACGAGGCCGCUGCGGAGAGCUACCUGCACGCCCUGCAAGCCUUCCGCGACUCGGGGGACGUGCCGGGGCAGUGCAAAGCGUGCGAGGGGCUGGGGGCUGCCCGCUUCCACCUGGGAGACCCCCAAAGGGCCGUCGGGCACUACCAGGAGGCCCUGAGGCUGCUGUCCCGCUGCCAGGUACAGGGCACCCCGGGGAUGGACCCCAUGGUGCAUGGCACGCGCCAACCGCAGCCCGGGGACAGCCCCACUGGGUUCUCCCACACAGGGCACCCCCAGGGCGGACGGCGAGCGGGUUGUCACCGAGCUGACCCGCACCCUCCAGCUGCAGCUCUGCCUCCAGCGCCUCCCAGCCGUGGACCUCGUCCCGCUGCAGUUCUGCUCCCCGCUGCCCCACAUCAGUGGGACGCAGCUACGGGGACGCACGGUGUGAGUAGGAUGCUGCCCUGUGCUGCUCUGUGGGGCGUUCCCAGCGUUGCAAACACGGUAAAUCCUCCCUCCCGCAUCCCCAGGUCCUUCCAGGAUACAGCACAGGGUGGGGAUGAGGCUGCACUGGGGGCACUCCCUGGGGGGUCAGUAUAA